AUGUUGUCUCUUUUGCAAAAGCGAAUUGCGGCAACAAUAAAUUGCAAUACAGCUAUAAACAAGGCUCAUUAUGCCACAGCAUCACAAGAGCCAAUAGAUCAUCAUAAACGGUUUCAUCUUCAUGAAUGGCCAAAGUCCGCCAAGCCCUCGGCAUAUGAGAUAUUUGGAUUAACUUCUAAAGAUAUGGGGAUGUCUACAUUAGAGCUAAAUAAAGUUCUCAAAAGGAAAUAUUUAGCGUUAGUCAAGAUAUAUCAUCCGGAUACGUCACUUUCCAUCCUAUAUAAGGGUGGUGAAAUGACCCCAGAAAUGAAGAGAAAAAGAUUUGAUAUGAUCCAAGAAGCCUAUGAUAUAUUGAAAAAUCCCAGACGUAGAACCGCAUAUAAUCGGUAUCAAACCACGUCAUGGGAUCAACAAGGAAGAUAUUCUGGAGAUGGAGGGCAAUGGAGUAAAGAGAAUUUUGAAGCUUAUAGAAGAGCCCAUGCUCAUAGAACAAGAUAUAAUUUUGAAAAUGAUGAACAAUUUUGGCUGGCUAGUACAUGGCAAGAUUAUUAUCAAAUGAAAUACAACAGACCUCCACCAACAAAGGAAGAAUUAGAGAAAAAUAAGUAUAAAAUCUUAUUUGGGGUUAUUGCUGUUGGUGUAUUGGGGUUUGGAUUACAAAUAAUGAAUGCCAUUGAUAAAACAAACCAGUAUUUACUAGAGACUCAUCGUUUGAAUAUGAAAUCCAUGAAGGAUUUGAAUGAAAGUUAUGAUAAUUAUGGUGAAGGUUACAGUGAUGCCGAUAAACUCAGAAGGUUUUUGAUAAAUCGAAGAAGUACUAUCAAACUGAAAAGAGAAGAAGGGGAAGGAAAAGAGCCAGAGCCUAGCGAUCACGAACUAUUGACAAGGUUUGCCAGGAAAAGAGUAGAUAUAUGGGAUAAGGAGGACAACAGCAAUAAUCGUUGA